UCUAUACCUCGUGAUUUUAUCUAUGGUCAAGAUGUCAUGUCUAAUGUCAAUGUCUAAAUUCUUUGUGUCUAGUGUCUAUUGUCUAAUGUCAAUGUCCCUUUGAGCUUCGACAGAAUAUCAUUUACUUUUUUAGUUUGAAUUACUUUUUUUUGAAUAAUUAAACUAAAAUAGCUAGGAAAUUCGAGGCAUCCGGUUUUUAGGCCAGCUCCUACUUUUGCUGCAACUGUUUUUUAUCCAAAGAAACGGUGGGAUGGUAAGGUGUGUUUAUUAACUAAAAAGGCACAACCAGAGCUAUGGACCAAGCAAGCAAAAGAAGGGGUCGGCCUGUACCGGAUGCUAUCAACAUCAACAUAAAGCCACUUGCAUUCAACCUUGAAGAGGCUCUAGCAGUAGAGUCACUCUACAGACCAAAUCUAUUAGUUAUUCAACAAGACAUUAAGCCAUGGGAAGUCACCCUCAAUUCCAGAGAUGCUGCUGUGCAAAACCUUCGCUUUCUCAGAGUAUGGUUUGAUGUCCCACAUACAAUUUUCUUUGCUUCCGUCACCUACUUAGACCUAUUUCUUUCAUGCAUGAAGGUUCAGGAAAAGUAUCUCACCUGUGUGACCAUAAGCUGCUUUCAUCUAGCACUUUUGAAUGAAAAUGUUAACAUCGAUGUGAAGGAGCUCCUGUCUGUAUCUCAAAACAAGUUCUCCAUUAAAGAUGUACUUAGGAUGUCUAAUAUCAUCAAAGAAAAGCUGAAGGUUGAAAACAAGAUCAUCAACAUCACUACAUGUGCAGAUAUUCUCAAAAUUUAUUUAGACAUUCUUGGUUAUGCCAAGUCUUCUUACAGAGAAAUGAUGCAAAAAGAGCAACUGCUGACAAGAUUGGAAGUGCUGCUGUCAGAUAGCAGCUGUGCAUUUUUCAGGUCUUCAACUUUAUCAUUGGUUCUUCUAAAAUUAGAGGUCGACAAAAAAAUGCAACAGGCUAUUGCUUCCAAAUCUGUAUUACAAGUUGGUGAACUGCUGCAUGUUCUUGCUGUCAUUCGGGAGAUACAAGUCAGCUGUAAGAUUAAAUUGGCAGAAUUGGUGAAUUGUUCGAACAAUGCGUUGAAAAUUCUGAAGCAGUAUGAUAACCAGGAGCGUAGUAAACACAGCCAACCGUUGAAGUGGCGAUUUUCGUCUUGGACUUUGAGCUUGGGAAAACGUUGUCGCAACUAUCAGCUCUCUUUGGAUCCAAUCGAGGAGAAACCGCUAAGUUUUCACAAGAGAAUUCGUACCUAAAUGUUUCCAAAUAUCCAAAAUACCUACCGAGGUUCAGGUGUAAGCAUUACCAUGCCCCUUUUGAUAUAAAAAAAAUGGUUUUUAGUUUGUAUCUGUUUGUAGUUUAUGUGAACUUCAAGAUCGUCGGUGUCUCGUCUAAUGUUUAUAUAAGUGUUUUUUUUAAUUUAAUAUUCCAAUUCAAAUGUGUAGACACCCACUUUUAUACAUCUGUGUGCGACUACGUUUAAAUUUUUAAGCAUUUCUAUUUCUAGACAAUCUAAUAUCUAGACAUUACUAUAAAAAAAUACUAAACGUGAUCUGGCUGUGAGGGAUCUUUAUAUAAGUUGUUUUUAAUAAAAAAAGAUUUAUUAUGAAAUAUAUUUUUUAUGAAUAAAUUUUUAAUAGUUUUUAAAGAGAUAGUGAUAUUUAAAUGCAUCUUGUGAUCGUUUGUAAUAAUUUGUAUAUUUUUUAAAGGAGUAUAUCUUGUUCACAGCUGGCAUCACAAAAAAAAUAUUUACAAACAUGAAAAUUAAAAAAAAAUUUACAAACGUAAAAAUUAUAAAAAAAAUAUAAAUGUAAAUCCAAAAUAUGCAAAAAAAAUUAAUAGAUUUCUUUAAAGUGUCCUUCUGUUUAAGGUUUUACAUAUCUGUUACUUUUAUAUCUACAAUCCAAUGUCAUAAAUGUGCUUACAAAUACCUGUUUCUAUUGAAAACUAGUCUUUACGUUUAUUUUGUUACCAUAUAAUGGAAUUUGAAUAACUAAAUAAAAUCUACUUGAAUA